CUCACUGGCCAUAUAUCCUCCUGCUUCUCUGGCCGCGCUGCACGCUCGUCUAUUUAAUUCGUCACCAAAGUCUAUUAACAUUGUGCUUUGCCUUUGGAUACAGUAUUGGAUGUUUUGCAAAGCUUGCUGUGUGCUCACAGCUCCUCGGAGACCAAACCAAAGGAUGGUCAGUCAGCAGAAGUGUUGAGAAGCCUUUAUUUUUUUCGCUGCCAACCUUUUAAUCGCUCUGGGGGCGAAAUAAACCUCGCUGACAGUGAAAUUAGUCCACAUCUUUUCUCUCCACCCAUCUCUCGCUCUCCAAUAUGCAAUUACAGUGCGCGGAUGGAGGUGACGUUCUUCACAAUUGAUGCCAAAUACUAAACAGUGCGAUCUGCGUGUGAGAUAUCUGGGAGAAGUUUGACUGCGCAUCGUCUUGUGUGAGUCCAGUUGCAGGAGGUGCAGGGAGGAUUGCAGGAUUACAGCUGUGCCUGUGCAGAAUCUCGGACGGGGGGGAGAUAUUCAGUGUACAGGAAUGGGCGAUGGAAUGUGCUACAGCUUUGCAAUGAGACGUCUGUGGGUCUGCAUUCUGCUUGUGAGCAUCACCUGCCGUCUGAGCCUCUCCCAGGAUGUAACUGGAACUCCUAAAGAGGCUGAGUUAAAUGACAACAUUACCAUCUUCACGCGCAUCCUGGAUGGGUUGCUGGAUGGUUAUGACAACAGACUCCGCCCUGGACUGGGAGAAAAGGUGACAGAGAUCACAACUAACAUCUUUGUCACAAGCUUUGGUCCAGUCUCUGACACUGAAAUGGAAUACACUAUUGAUGUGUUCUUCCGUCAAAGCUGGAAAGAUGAAAGACUUUGCUUUAAAGGUCCCAUGCAGAUGCUUGCCUUGAAUAAUCUCCUGGCCAGUAACAUCUGGACUCCGGACACCUUCUUCCUCAAUGGGAAGAAAUCCAUUGCACAUAAUAUGACUACACCUAACAAGCUCCUGCGGCUGAAAGAUGAUGGGACUCUGCUGUACACCAUGAGACUCACUAUAUCAGCAGAAUGCCCCAUGCAACUGGAGGAUUUCCCAAUGGACGCCCAUGCUUGCCCCCUUAAAUUUGGAAGCUAUGCGUAUCCAGUUUCGGAGGUGGUCUACACGUGGACUCAGGGAGCAGCCAAGUCGGUGGUGGUGGCAGAGGAAGGCUCUCGGCUCAAUCAGUAUCAUCUGAUUGGUCAGACUGCGGGAACAGAGGACAUCUACACCAGCCGAGGUCAAUACACGGUGAUGAUGGCCCACUUUUACCUGAAGAGGAAGAUUGGUUACUUUGUCAUCCAGACCUACAUGCCUUGCUUCAUGACUGUAAUCCUGUCGCAAGUUUCCUUUUGGCUCAACCGAGAGUCUGUGCCAGCGCGGACCGUCUUUGGUGUGACCACAGUACUAACCAUGACCACUCUGAGCAUCAGCGCUCGAAAUUCGCUGCCUAAAGUGGCUUACGCUACCGCCAUGGACUGGUUCAUCGCAGUGUGCUAUGCCUUUGUCUUCUCCGCACUCAUUGAGUUUGCCACAGUUAACUACUUCACCAAGAGGAGCUGGGCCUGGGAUGGGAAAAAGGCAAUGGAGGCUCAACAGCCCAAGAAGAAGGACCCUUUGGCUCUGUCUAAAAAGCCAAACAACACCUGUUCAGCUGGUGUUAAUUACACAACCAAUCUUACAAAGGAUGCAUCCAUAGCUACCAUUUCAAACAGCACGGCUGUACAGCUCAAACCCUCUGAAACCAAGGCCCCAGACCCCAAAAAGACUUACAACAGCGUGAGUAAGAUUGACAAGAUGUCCAGGAUAGUGUUCCCAGUGCUGUUUGGGACCUUCAACCUGGUGUACUGGGCCACAUAUCUCAAUAGGGAGCCAGUGAUCAAAGGAGCUGUGUGAGCUUUUCAGGAUUCCAUAGCUGGAACGCAAUCAAAAUCGAUGCCAAGCACUUAGUCCUUCUAUAUUAGAUGUGGGUUUUUUUAGGUCAUUGGAUAACAUUGCAUGUCUGUUGCUUCAGGAAAAUGUUGCCAUGUUUGCCUUGAGUUUGUGCUGUCAUGUAUGAUAUUUGAAUUUUCCCUCAAGACAGUUUGAUUCAACUAAUUUCAGAACUCCAGUCACUGAUCAGUUUCUAGCAAAUUAUCUUAUUUUAAACUUUUUAGCGUUUGGCAUUUUUAUUUUCUUCUUGAGUCUAUGGUAGAUGAUGGUACAGCAAGGCCAAAUGCUAUGCAAAAUAACAUUUUUACUGCGUUAUUACUCAAAAGCGGCUUUUACCUUUUUAACUCUUUCUUUGUAAGUUUUACAAAUGGGCUGGAGGUCGAGGUAUGCGAGGCUGGGCCCAAGCAUGUGGAGCUUUGCGUCAUUGUUAUAAGAAGUUGAAUAGCCAUGCUAAAUGUGUUGCCUUCAGAGUGUGAUAACUCAUUAUGAAUGCACUGAAAUUUCCUGCAGUUACAUUUUCAAAAGCCAUGCUUUCAGCUUUCUUUAAAUUAUUCUUAAAAUUAUUAAUUUUAUUAUUAUUUAUUAAUUAUUUGCUACUUUUUUCCUCAAUUUUAAACAGCCAGUUUUCCAUAAAUAUAAUUUCCUUGUUUAUGUAGAGACUUAAUGAGGACUGAUUUUGGGCUAAAGUGAUAUUGGCAGCUUCUGUUUCCAGAUCUCCUUGUAGAGAAUCCUGUAUGUAUGUAUGUAGUAUAAGGACCGUGUGUGUAUAUAUGAAUAUAUAUGCCCUGCUUUUAGAAAAGCACCACUAAGCCAGUAAGGUUAGCUUCUAUGUUAUGCAUAUACAGCAACACGGUGUUACUCUAGUCUAGUGCUUCAUUGACCAUGUAUUGAGAAAAGAGCAGAAUAGCUUGAGCUUUAACAAUUUUGACAGAAUAUACAAUGUUUUUUUAAUCUUUUUUUUUAUUAUUUUAGAUCAGUUUGAUGUUUCUGUAAGCUUUGAUGAUACAAUAUCUUGCAAAUAUACUUGAUAAAUAUGUGGAUGCUUUGCACAGGAUCACUUUUUGUCAUGAUUAACUGCUGUAGUUAAGAGACUUGAGCUCAUCAGGUUAUCAGGCCAGUCAAAGAGACAGAAAGCCGCAAUGACCAGGUUAUUGCAUUUUGAACAUUAACAUCAACAUUAUUUUCAUAAAAUGACAGAUUAUUUGACAUUUCUUUGGAAAUAAGCUUAUCCUUUUCGCGUUCUUGCAUUGAAGUAGACAAGAAGAUUGUUUGUCAGAAGAUUUCACGUCUGUACACUAAAUAUGUAGUCAGAUAUGUCGUCAGUCAGAUGAUAGCUUGCCAUAAAGACGAGGACACAGCCACUCCAUCACUCAUACACAUGCUUUAUCAGGUUUAUUUAACACAUACGGAAACAGUGUGCAGCAUUACCAGAUGCUCUGCUGAAGGAGUUAUGAUAUAACUUUAUAAAACCUUGUUGCACCAUGUUUCUUAGUGUUGCCAUUGCAUGGGUUAAAAGGCAAGUGUUUUGUGACCAUGAUGACAUGAUAGCAUAGUGUCUCCUUUUCAAUAAUAACGAUUUUUUUUUUUUAAAGAGUCACUUUUAGUUCUCAUAUUUCAAUAGUAGUUUUCUCAAACAUUCACAUUAUACCCACAGUAAAAGUGUUGAAUUUAAUGUGAAGUGACAAACUAGUUAUAACUUAGCAGUUGUGACUUCAUGCUCGAAAUUAGAUGCAGGUUGCUGUAAGUCAUUGCAUGGCAAAGAGUCAUCACAAUAGUCAUCACAUAUAAAAACACUUUGAAACAAGAUAAAGACAUUGACUGAGACACUGUUGGGGUAAAAGAUUUAAAUAUGAAUGUGAUCUUCUCCUGUGACUUUAUGCCCUUUGUUUGGCCUGUCAUGUUUAGUUUAUGGAGCACAGUUGUGUUUAAUUGAAUUUUAGGUGCAGGCUGUUCUUUAAAUGCAAAUAUCUGAAGCAAUAAAUAAUGCUCAUAUAAAUAAUGACUUCUGUUUAUGGCAAUAUAUGAUCAUUUGACCUUCAUUUUUUUGAUGUCUUUUUAUCCAGAUUUGAUCCUUUUGGCAAUAGUCUUUUCUAUAUAUGGCUGAUCCUACCUUUUAGCUGAUCCCUUUCCUCUUUGGAAGCACAGUGCUCUCUGACCAUGUCUAAUGUAUUUAUUUAUCUAUUUUACUAAAAUGUCUUUUUCUUUUGUAAAAGACCUGUGCAGAUGACCAGUAUAAGACUCUGGGCCAUUUUUAAUUGUUAUGCAUACCUGAUUCCAAAUAAAGCUUCACUGACUCUGACAUCUGUCUGCUUAGUCAUAUCAGAUGUGGCAUAACAUUUUUGAUACAAAGUGUCAUGUUAUAAAUGUCAUGUCAGUUUGUCGUGAGAAUCUAGAUAAAUACACACAGAGAGAUGCAGCAUGAUCUGG